AUGUGGAACAACUCCGGACCGGAGAUGUGGAACAACAACGGAGCAAUUGCUCCGCCUGGAACCAGCGGAGGACCGCCGCUGGCACCGCCGGGGACUGGAGGUGUUGGUGGCUCGAUUCCGCCACCGCCGGCUGCUCAACCGUCGUACACUGUGUUGCCUUCUCCGGCUGAAGCGGAGGCGAGGUUGGAGGAGAAGGCGAGGAAGUGGAUGCAGUUGAAUUCGAAGCGGUAUGGUGAUAAACGGAAGUUUGGAUUUGUUGAGACGCAGAAGGAAGAUAUGCCGCCGGAGCAUGUCAGGAAGAUUAUCAAGGAUCAUGGUGAUAUGUCAUCAAAGAAAUACCGACAUGAUAAACGUGUAUACCUAGGGGCUCUGAAGUUUGUUCCUCAUGCAGUCUACAAGCUUCUAGAGAACAUGCCCAUGCCAUGGGAACAGGUUCGUGAUGUUAAGGUGCUAUAUCACAUUACUGGAGCAAUCACGUUCGUGAACGAGAUUCCAUGGGUUGUUGAACCAAUAUAUUUAGCUCAGUGGGGGACCAUGUGGAUUAUGAUGAGAAGGGAGAAGAGGGAUCGACGGCAUUUCAAGAGAAUGCGUUUCCCUCCUUUUGAUGAUGAAGAGCCUCCAUUGGACUAUGCUGACAAUCUUCUUGAUGUGGACCCGCUGGAACCAAUCCAACUGGAGUUGGACGAGGAAGAAGAUUCUGCUGUUUAUACUUGGUUUUACGAUCACAAGCCUCUUGUCAAAACCAAACUUAUUAACGGACCAAGUUAUCGUAAAUGGCAUCUUUCACUUCCUAUAAUGGCAACACUCCAUCGAUUAGCAGGACAGCUUCUUUCUGAUCUUAUUGAUCGGAAUUACUUCUAUUUGUUUGAUAUGGAGUCGUUCUUUACUGCCAAAGCUCUUAAUAUGUGCAUACCAGGUGGUCCAAAGUUUGAACCCUUGUAUCGUGACAUGGAGAAAGGCGAUGAAGACUGGAACGAGUUCAAUGAUAUCAACAAACUCAUUAUCCGUUCGCCUUUGAGGACCGAGUACAGAAUUGCUUUCCCUCAUCUAUACAACAACAGACCGAGGAAAGUAAGGCUAUGCGUAUACCACACACCCAUGGUUAUGUACAUAAAAACAGAAGAUCCCGACUUGCCUGCAUUUUAUUACGAUCCUUUGAUACACCCAAUAACAUCUGCUAACAAAGAUCGCCGUGAUAAGAAAGCCCACGACGAUGAUGAUGAAGAUGACGAUUUCUCUUUGCCAGAUGGUGUGGAGCCUCUGCUUACUAGCACUCCUUUGUAUACCGACACAACAGCUGCUGGUAUUUCUUUGUUGUUUGCUCCACGACCCUUUAACAUGAGAUCUGGUCGUAUGCGACGUGCUGAAGAUAUCCCUCUUGUGUCCGAGUGGUAUAAGGAACACUGUCCUCCCUCGUAUCCAGUUAAAGUUCGUGUUAGCUAUCAGAAGUUACUAAAAUGUUUUGUUUUGAACGAGCUACACCAUAGACCACCGAAAGCUCAAAAGAAGAAGCACUUGUUCCGUUCUCUACAGGCUACGAAGUUUUUUCAGACCACCGAACUUGAUUGGGCCGAAGCUGGUCUUCAAGUUUGUAAGCAGGGUUACAACAUGCUCAACUUAUUGAUUCACCGAAAAAAUCUUAACUACCUUCAUCUUGACUAUAACUUCAAUCUAAAGCCUGUUAAGACACUCACUACCAAAGAGCGAAAGAAAUCACGGUUUGGAAAUGCGUUCCAUCUUUGUCGUGAAAUCCUGCGUUUGACAAAGCUUGUUGUCGAUGCGAAUAUCCAGUUUCGUUUGGGGAAUGUUGAUGCAUUCCAGUUGGCUGAUGGUUUGCAGUACACGUUUUCACAUGUUGGCCAGUUGACUGGUAUGUAUCGGUACAAGUACCGGCUCAUGCGACAGAUUCGCAUGUGCAAAGAUUUGAAGCAUUUGAUUUACUAUCGGUUUAAUACUGGGCCCGUUGGGAAGGGGCCCGGAUGUGGGUUCUGGGCGCCUAUGUGGCGGGUGUGGUUGUUUUUCCUUCGUGGUAUUGUGCCCCUUCUGGAAAGGUGGUUGGGAAAUUUACUUGCUCGCCAGUUCGAAGGACGACACUCUAAAGGGGUGGCCAAGACUGUUACAAAGCAACGUGUUGAAAGUCAUUUCGAUCUCGAACUCCGUGCUGCUGUAAUGCAUGAUGUUCUUGACGCCAUGCCAGAGGGAAUAAAGCAAAACAAGGCAAGAACCAUUUUACAGCAUUUGAGUGAAGCGUGGCGUUGUUGGAAGGCAAAUAUCCCUUGGAAGGUCCCUGGUUUACCGGUUCCUAUCGAGAACAUGAUUUUACGAUAUGUGAAGUCAAAAGCUGACUGGUGGACAAAUGUUGCUCACUAUAACCGUGAACGUAUAAGGAGAGGUGCCACUGUCGAUAAGACUGUUUGUAGAAAGAAUUUGGGGAGGUUGACUCGUCUUUGGCUCAAGGCAGAACAGGAACGCCAACACAACUACUUGAAAGACGGUCCAUACGUGACCCCAGAAGAGGCUGUGGCUAUUUACACAACCACAGUGCAUUGGUUGGAAUCUAGAAAGUUCUCACCAAUACCAUUCCCACCGUUGUCCUACAAGCAUGACACAAAGCUUCUCAUUCUUGCUCUCGAGAGGCUCAAGGAAUCUUACAGUGUAGCUGUGAGGUUAAAUCAACUUCAAAGAGAAGAAUUGGGUUUGAUUGAACAAGCUUACGACAAUCCACACGAAGCAUUGUCGAGGAUAAAACGUCAUCUUCUCACUCAACGUGCUUUUAAAGAAGUUGGCAUUGAGUUCAUGGAUUUAUACAGCUAUCUGAUUCCAGUUUAUGAGAUCGAGCCCCUUGAGAAGAUUACAGAUGCGUAUCUUGACCAGUAUUUAUGGUACGAAGGUGACAAACGCCAUCUGUUUCCAAACUGGAUUAAGCCUGCUGACUCGGAGCCACCACCGCUCUUGGUUUAUAAAUGGUGCCAAGGCAUAAACAAUUUGCAAGGUGUAUGGGACACCGGUGAUGGCCAGUGUGUGGUGAUGCUUCAAACCAAGUUUGAAAAGUUCUUUGAGAAGAUCGAUCUGACAAUGCUCAACAGGCUUCUACGAUUGGUCCUUGACCAUAAUAUUGCUGAUUACGUUACAGCAAAGAACAAUGUUGUGUUGUCGUACAAGGAUAUGAGUCACACGAACUCAUACGGGCUGAUACGUGGUCUUCAGUUUGCUUCUUUCGUGGUACAAUACUAUGGGCUGGUGUUGGAUCUUUUGCUUCUUGGAUUGACCCGUGCAAGUGAAAUUGCGGGCCCGCCACAAAUGCCUAACGAGUUCAUUACUUUCUGGGACACUAAAGUUGAAACACGACAUCCUAUACGGUUGUACUCUCGGUACAUCGAUAAAGUGCAUAUCUUGUUUCGGUUCUCACAUGAAGAGGCUCGUGAUCUGAUCCAGAGGUAUCUCACUGAGCAUCCUGAUCCUAACAACGAAAAUAUGGUUGGUUACAAUAAUAAGAAGUGCUGGCCUAGAGAUGCAAGAAUGAGGCUGAUGAAACAUGACGUUAAUCUUGGAAGAAGUGUUUUCUGGGACAUGAAGAACCGGCUUCCUAGAAGCAUCACGACUCUAGAGUGGGAAAAUAGCUUUGUUUCGGUUUACAGCAAAGACAACCCGAAUCUGCUAUUUAGCAUGUGUGGAUUUGAGGUUCGAAUAUUGCCAAAAAUAAGAAUGACUCAAGAGGCAUUCAGUAACACAAAAGAUGGAAUAUGGAAUUUGCAGAAUGAACAGACGAAAGAGCGUACAGCAAUUGCGUUUUUGAGAGUAGAUGAUGAACACAUGAAAGUGUUCGAAAACCGUGUAAGGCAAAUUCUUAUGAGUUCAGGUUCUACAACGUUUACCAAAAUUGUUAACAAGUGGAACACAGCUCUAAUAGGUCUAAUGACGUACUUCCGUGAAGCAACUGUGCAUACACAGGAGCUUUUAGAUCUGUUGGUCAAAUGUGAAAACAAAAUACAAACCCGUAUCAAAAUUGGAUUGAAUUCAAAAAUGCCUAGCAGGUUUCCGCCUGUGAUUUUUUACACACCCAAGGAGAUCGGAGGGCUUGGUAUGUUAUCAAUGGGUCACAUAUUGAUUCCACAGAGUGAUCUUCGGUACAGUCAGCAGACAGAUGUUGGUGUAACACACUUUAGAAGUGGUAUGAGUCAUGAAGAAGACCAGUUGAUUCCAAAUCUGUAUCGUUACAUUCAGCCAUGGGAGAGUGAGUUCAUCGAUUCACAGCGCGUUUGGGCUGAAUACGCUCUCAAGAGGCAGGAAGCUCAGUCGCAAAACAGGCGUUUAACACUUGAAGAUUUGGAAGACUCAUGGGAUCGUGGAAUACCGAGAAUCAAUACUCUGUUCCAGAAGGAUCGACACACACUUGCAUACGACAAAGGGUGGAGAGUGAGAACUGAUUUUAAGCAGUACCAAGUUCUCAAACAAAAUCCAUUUUGGUGGACCCACCAGAGACACGAUGGUAAACUUUGGAACUUGAAUAACUAUCGAACUGAUGUUAUUCAAGCACUCGGUGGUGUUGAGGGUAUUUUGGAGCAUACACUCUUCAAGGGAACAUAUUUCCCAACAUGGGAGGGUCUGUUUUGGGAGAAAGCUUCAGGUUUUGAAGAGUCAAUGAAGUACAAGAAGCUGACUAACGCUCAGAGAUCCGGGCUUAAUCAAAUCCCCAACCGUCGGUUCACACUUUGGUGGUCUCCAACCAUUAACCGAGCGAACGUUUACGUCGGUUUCCAAGUCCAACUGGACUUGACCGGAAUAUUCAUGCAUGGAAAAAUCCCGACCCUAAAGAUCUCCCUGAUUCAAAUCUUCCGGGCCCAUUUGUGGCAAAAGGUACAUGAGAGUGUGGUGAUGGAUCUCUGUCAAGUGUUGGAUCAGGAACUCGAUGCGUUAGAAAUCGAAACGGUGCAGAAGGAAACAAUACAUCCUAGAAAGAGUUACAAGAUGAACAGUUCGUGUGCUGAUAUUCUCUUGUUUGCUGCACAUAGAUGGCCCAUGUCGAAGCCUAGCCUUGUGGCCGAGUCAAAGGAUGUCUUUGACCAGAAAGCUAGUAAUAAGUACUGGAUUGAUGUCCAGUUGCGUUGGGGUGAUUAUGAUUCUCAUGAUAUCGAGCGUUAUACCAGAGCCAAGUUUAUGGACUACACCACUGAUAACAUGUCCAUCUAUCCAUCACCAACAGGGGUGAUGAUCGGACUUGAUCUUGCUUACAACUUGCAUUCUGCUUUCGGUAACUGGUUCCCAGGGUCAAAGCCGCUACUUGCCCAGGCCAUGAACAAGAUUAUGAAGUCAAAUCCGGCUUUAUAUGUGCUGAGGGAGCGAAUAAGGAAAGGGUUGCAGUUGUAUUCUUCAGAGCCAACAGAACCGUAUCUUUCAUCUCAAAACUAUGGAGAAAUUUUCAGCAAUCAGAUUAUCUGGUUUGUUGAUGAUACGAACGUCUACCGUGUCACCAUUCAUAAAACUUUUGAGGGAAAUCUUACCACAAAGCCGAUUAACGGUGCUAUAUUCAUAUUCAAUCCUCGCACAGGACAGCUAUUUCUGAAGGUCAUUCACACAAGUGUGUGGGCGGGUCAAAAGCGUCUUGGUCAACUUGCCAAGUGGAAAACAGCAGAAGAAGUGGCUGCUCUGGUUCGUUCCUUACCCGUUGAAGAACAACCCAAACAAAUCAUUGUGACACGUAAAGGAAUGCUUGACCCGCUAGAAGUCCACUUACUCGAUUUUCCCAACAUUGUCAUCAAGGGAAGUGAGUUACAACUCCCCUUCCAAGCCUGUUUGAAAAUCGAGAAGUUUGGUGACUUGAUUCUGAAAGCGUCUGAACCGCAAAUGGUGCUGUUCAACAUUUACGACGAUUGGCUGAAAAGCAUAUCGUCGUACACCGCGUUCUCCAGGCUCAUUUUGAUUCUCCGUGCUUUACAUGUCAACAACGAGAAAGCGAAAAUGUUGCUCAAGCCCGAUAAGACAAUCGUCACCGAACCCCAUCAUAUUUGGCCCUCACUUACCGAUGAUCAAUGGGUGAAGGUGGAAGUUGCAUUAAGAGAUCUCAUAUUGUCGGACUAUGCGAAGAAGAAUAACGUUAACACUUCUGCACUCACGCAAUCUGAAAUACGAGAUAUUAUUCUUGGUGCCGAAAUUACUCCACCUUCACAGCAGCGGCAACAAAUCGCUGAAAUCGAAAAACAGGCGAAAGAAGCUAGCCAGUUGACAGCUGUCACAACCAAAACAACAAACGUUCAUGGAGACGAGCUUAUUGUCACCACCACAAGUCCUUACGAACAAGCCGCAUUUGGUUCCAAGACUGAUUGGCGUGUGCGAGCAAUAUCAGCUACAAAUCUCUAUCUCCGUGUGAAUCAUAUUUAUGUCAACUCAGAGGACAUAAAGGAGACGGGAUACACAUACAUCAUGCCGAAGAACGUCUUGAAGAAAUUCAUAUGCAUUGCAGACUUGCGAACCCAAAUUUGCGGGUACUUGUACGGUAUGAGUCCACCCGACAAUCCUCAAGUGAAAGAAAUCCGCUGCAUUGCCAUGCCACCGCAAUGGGGUACACAUCAGCAAGUCCAUCUCCCGUCGGCUCUCCCCGAACACGACUUCCUUAACGAUCUCGAACCGUUGGGAUGGAUGCACACGCAACCAAACGAGCUUCCUCAACUAUCUCCACAGGAUCUUACGUUUCAUGCUCGGAUUUUGGAGAAUAACAAGCAAUGGGACGGGGAGAAAUCUAUCAUUUUAACUUGUAGUUUCACUCCGGGUUCGUGCUCGUUGACCGCGUACAAGCUUACACCAACUGGUUACGAGUGGGGUCGUGCGAAUAAGGAUUCUGGAAGCAACCCCCACGGGUAUCUUCCAACUCAUUACGAGAAGGUUCAGAUGCUUCUAAGUGACCGAUUCCUCGGUUUCUACAUGGUUCCUGAUAACGGUCCAUGGAACUACAAUUUCAUGGGAGUGAAGCAUACGGUUAGUAUGAAAUACGGAGUGAAGCUCGGGACUCCACGGGAGUAUUAUCAUGAAGACCACAGACCGACGCAUUUCUUGGAAUUUAGCAAUCUGGAAGAGGCUGACGUGGCAGAAGGUGAUCGCGAGGAUACAUUUUCUUAAAUGGAAGAUUAUGUGCCUCGAAAACAAGAUACUUGUAAGCUGGAGCUGUUAUGUUAAGCUUGUUAUUAUAAUGCCGGUGUAGAUACGUAUUUUGUUUAUCGAAUUGCGAUAGGGCAUGUAAUCCGCUCUUUUCCUUCUGCACAAUAGUCGUGUAAACGUGCAACGUUUUUGUAUGGAAUUCAUUUAAUGUAUCCCAAGCUGGUGAGACAUUUAUAUUAACAUGAUGUAUUUAUCUUCUCUUUGAACAUUUAGAAAUGGGUGAGAAUUUAUUUA